CUCCGUAUUGCCAAGUCAGAAUGAGGUCUUUCGAUACCCUUACCACCUCGCUUCAGGCCGGUCUUCCGGGCCUGGCUCGUCCUUGCCGUCGCAAUGUCAAACAUACGGAGACACCUUCUUGCAUCUGCUACGGCCUUCGAUCCUCUCCACUUAUUGUGAGCCCUUUAACCGCCGUGACCUAUUCUUCAUUCGUUCAGAUCCAUGUUCCCAGCUGAAGUCUCGGGUCCGUCAUUCUUGCUGGGUCACGCUGGGUCCAACCCACGGAACUGGGAUUGGUCAUCCGCGUUUCUUGGUACUGCAUCCCUCUCCAUCCGUUGUCCGCCUCGUUGAUUGCCUCAGCCACCCUGUCACGAUCUUUGGCACUGGUCGGAUAACUACAUGACACAUCUGCGCUUCUUCAAGCUCUCUUCUCUUUCACAUACGCAACCACUGCCUUGACAACGCAAACAGCCAAAUAUUUCAAUUACCAGCAAAGAGUUUCUUGUUACUGCCUUCAGCACAAGCUCACGCGCUCAUCCAUCGAUCUCUCUGCUACUCCGCAUUAUCUGAUCAUCAGUCACGAGCCUGUCAGGGACCUUCCAACCUCUUAUCUACCGCUCGACUUCCGCCUCAGUUCAACAGCUUAUUACCCUGAGCCACAUACAAAUCACACCAUGUCGCGUUCUCGCUCAGGUUCUGCUACUUCCAACGUCUCUAACAAGGAGCUCCCUGCCGAUAGCAUGGCAAUCCAGGUCACCAUUAGUGGUGGCAAGACGAUAAAACUGAACGUCCGACCAGUCCACACGAUCUCCAACGUCCUUGAAUUCCUGUCAGCUUCCACAAAUCUGCCUGCGGACAGCCAGCUUAUGCUCGACGGGAAACCCCUCGAACCUUCCACUACAGUCGCAGAGCUCAAACUCGAAGAGUCAUCCACACUACAAUUAUCAUCUCCUUCAAGGAGUACUACACCUACACAAUCAUCAUCGUCCGACAUGGUCACACAAAAGCCCUCCAUAUCAUCUGCGUCGACACCCACCACUUCUGGCGCUGCCACGCCGACCAAGAAGAAGUCAAACAAGCCGCGAUGCUCGAAGGGGGGUUGCAAAGCACCUGCUCAGCCGAUCGUCGGAGAUUGCGGUUUCUGCCAGAAGCGCUUCUGCGGAAAACAUCGAAUGUUGGAGUCACACAACUGCGAGGGUCUGGAAGACGCACGACGUGCAGACAAGGAUAGGAAUGCUGCAAAGCUGGAAGGAGAGCGAACCCUCAUGCUUCGCGGUUUAUAAAUUCGCCCACUCAGCGCUUGCCAAGGGAAUCUUCAGUAGACUCGACAUAAUCGAGAUGCUGGGGGCCUAGCUGACGGCCGAAGAGUCGUCCACUGUUGCUUCUUGCUUUUUGUUGGCUGCACCUGGCGUCACGGUGCCACGGGAGGUGAUCUGGGCAUUAUGGAUCUGGGACUGGGCUGGCAACGGAUUGCCCUUUGUAUCGAAGGUUCUGGUUCAGCAACAGGUCAAUAUUGGCCGGAUAUGGAAUUCAAGCAAUGGAAUGGUGAUGUUUGCAAGCGGAUUCCAAACUAUUCUGAUCGGCCGGUCUGGAUUUGAGCUAAUUAUGGCCGGAAUGCAACAUCGGUAUUUGAUGAUCCGAAAGGUAUCUAGAUAUCCCAAGCCUGAGUGGUUUCAAAGAUAGAUUAAUGCAACUCCCCAGUCCAUGGAAAUUCGGAUCGGCGAGCAGACACAUGAAACUGGUAGAUGGCGAUCCCACGUGCUCACUGAUCAGGGAAUAAUAGUGCUGGCCACACCUGGCAUAUUCAGCCUCGCGCCGCGAAAUUGACAACAGUCGAAGACUAUUUGACCAUUCGGUUUUCAGAUAUACUCUGUGUCUGGCCUCGGUACCAAACGGCAAGCAUGUGUUCGCUUAGAGUACACCCCAAUUGUCCCCCAAAGUCGACGUGAUAUGUUAUAUUGCUCUGACUUGGAAUGCCACGCCACAUCCCCCAGACGAGAUUGUUUCCACAGUGUCGUAUGUCACUGAGAUUGACAUUGGCUUUGCGGGCUGUGUCGAACAGAAAGUUAUGCAUCAGCUGUGCGAUGAUCUGUCCUGCUGAUUUCCGUGUCUUAGCCCCAGGGAGGGCAUUUCAUUUCUAUGAUCCAUCAAAUCAUCACGUCGAGACCUGAUGGACUUUUGGGCCACAGCGGCUGGAGUAAAUUCUUCACAGCUCGAGAGUGAAGUCUGCGUGACCAACCGACGUAGU